CGGCGGGAGAGCUGCGGGGCCGCGGCGUGCCGCACCUGGGCCAGAGCCUCUCCUGCUCCCGGACCGGCCCGCCGGAGAGUGCAGAAAUGGCUCCCUUUGAAAAUAAAGGACUAAUACUGGGCAUAAUGGCAGGGACUGCUGGAAUAAGCCUGAUGCUGGUUUGGUACCGUAAGAGCCGAAAACCCAGUGCUGCUGUGCGCGUACCUACGUUCGUAGGUGUAGGUAACAGGCUUAAUUCAGUGGGCUUGCAAGAUGAAGUUCCUAAUGAGCAAGGAGCGGUAAUGGUUUUACAUGGAAGGCAACUGCAGAUACUGGAAAAACUGAACGGCUUGCUAGUCAGUGUGGAUGAACUGAAGAGAGAGGUGGCAUUUCUGAAAGAAGCUGUUCCAAAGCUUGAAGAGCUUGUUCGAAAUGAACUUCAGGGAAAGGGAGAUGUUCAGAGGGUCAGCCCAUCACACAGAGCAACGAAGCGGAGAAAAGGUGAGACAGCUUCUGGUGCAACAGAAACUACCAGCUCUGAGGAGGCGGAAAGUGAAGGAGGUUACCUUACUGCUCAUACUGAUUCUGAAGGAGACUCUGAGGAAGAAAAGGAACGUGUGAAAUCACCUGAUGCUGCUGUGAAAUCAGAAGAAGAAGAAUUACUUGAUUUUUUACAGCAAGUGGACAACUUGCACAAGGGUUCCCAGGAUGAUAAAAGGGAGGGCUUCAGGUUGCUGUGUGAGAAAGAUGACAAGUAUGAAAACUCUGCAGACUUCCUUUGGAGACUUGCACGUGCUUAUGGGGAUCUGUUUGAGAUGACUACUGAUGCUGAGGAGAAGAGGCAGUAUGUUACUGAUGGAAAGAUUAAAGCUGAAAAGGCUGUUCAGCUGGAUGCCAAGAGUGCUGAGAGUCACCAGUGGUUUGCAAUUAUGUGUGGCUAUAUGUCUCAGUUUGAAAGUGUACAAAACAAAAUCAGGAAUGGUUAUCUCUUUAAGGAGCACCUAGACAAAGCAAUUGAACUUAAACCUCAAGAUCCUUUUUUAUAUUACCUCAAUGGAAGAUGGUGCUAUUCAGUAGCUCAGUUGUCUUGGAUUGAAAAGAAAGUAGCUGCUGCUCUCUUUGGGACUCCACCGACUUCAACAGUAGAAGAAGCCUUGCAGAAUUUCCUUAAGGCUGAAGAAAUGCAUCCAGGGUAUUCCAAAUGCAAUUAUGUUUAUUUGGCAAAGUGCUAUAAAGAUCUCGGCCAGAAAAACAAUGCACUGAAAUGCUGUGAUUCUGCACUGUCAAUCCUCUCAGUUACUAAUGAGGACAAAGAGGCCCAGAAAGAUUUAGAGGCUUUGCUUCUUACGCUGAAGCUGUGAUGCUACGCACUUUAUAACCCCACGCUGAUAAAACUUCAAAACUGAAAUGGGAAUCUGUAAUGAUGGGACACUAUAGGUGAAUUCCAUAUAGGUGAACUCAUUGAUUUGGGGUGACCUGGAUCCUGGCCUUGAAGUAUCUGGUGAUUAUGAUAUGAAAAUGAGACAUUCAUUUCUGAUUAUUUAUGAUCUUGUACUGAAGUUUAAUUUUAGAUUGCUGACACUGUGAGUCUGAUUCUUUGAACAUGAAGUCCACUGCUGGCAAUGGAUAUACUGGGAGUUAGAAGGCAAAAAUGCAUAAAUCUUGCUUUUCUGAAAGAUUGGGUACUGUGUGAUGCCAACAUAGAACUGUGUGUAGCAAAAACAAACAAAAUGUUUAUAGUAAAUUAUAUUUGUAUCAACCAAUUUACAAAAGAAAAUGAUGAAUGUUUAUGUUUACACAUUUCUCUACUCUUAUAAAAUUAUACUGUUGUCCAAGAAAUAAGUGAAUAAGUUAAAGAAAAGAGCUGUUAGCACCACAAAGCUCUUUUUACUUUAAACUGGCAGUUGGUUUUACAUGGAAAUGUGAAAACUUAAUAAAUUAAAUAUUAAGGUUAUAUUUUAUUUGUAAGCUCAAGUACAGUAUUAAAAAUCAGA